CAGUAGGCUACUAAGAAGUAACAGAAUGUAUCUAUUCAUUGUAUUAUCGCAGACAGUCGGACACAUUUAAGUUGUCGCUUGCAACAUCAGCACCAGCAAAACAAGUAACUGCUCUUCACAGAAUCUUAACUUCUUAAGUCAUCUUUGCUCCACAUUAGCCUGCAAGCGCACUCACUUUCCUAAUUUGGAGCCGCUUGCGGAAGCAGCGCAGUGGUGCAAGUAAGCGAACAGGGAGCUGUCCAUCGGGCUUUUCUAUCGCUUUCUCAGGUUCACCAAUGUUGCUUUAUUUGGAAAUCCCGGAAGCUGCGGGUCUUCUGUUUCAUUGACUGACAGGAGUAGCGAGCAAGCUGCAGCACUCCUUUACCAACGCUGGGACCAGUGUACUGGAAAAAAACAGGGCAAACAAUAGAGAAACAAAUCCAGUGUAGCCAGCAUGGCAGAGAUUGAGAGCUUGGUGGAACGCCUCGAAAUGGCUGUAGUGCGACUUGAGACAGUAUCUUCUAAAUUACAUGAGUCAGCACUGCCAGGUGGUGAUAUAGUGAAUGGGGUAAAUGAAGAUCUUUCUCCUUGUUUGGAAGACUAUGAUGCGUUGCUGAGCGUUGCUGUGGCUGAGUAUCUAAAGAACAGCAAGGCUAUCGGUGAAGACGUGGAGAAACAUGCUGAAAUGGUCAAUGCUGCUUUGCUGGCACAGAGGGGUUUUGUGAAGUUAGCAUCUACACACCAGCAGCCACCUGAGGCAGAUCUGGCGGCACUCCUAAGACCAAUUUCAGUGAAGAUCCAGGAAAUCCAGAACUUCAGGGAGAAAAACCGUGGAAGUAAGAUGUUCAACCACCUGUCAGCCGUCAGUGAGAGUAUUCCUGCCCUCGGAUGGAUAGCUGUGGCACCCAAGCCAGGUCCUUAUGUCAAGGAGAUGAACGACGCGGCCACCUUUUAUACUAACCGGGUCUUAAAGGAUUACAAAGACAAUGACAAGCGGCAUGUGGACUGGGUGAGGUCAUACCUGCAAAUCUGGACAGAGUUGCAGGCCUACAUCAAAAAGCACCACACCACUGGACUUGUCUGGAGUAAGAGCGGCCCUUUUGCUUCAGUAUCACUGAUGCCUCCCCCUGCUGAUGGUCCCAGUCCCCCUCCACCUCCCCCUCCAGGACCUCCUCCCAUCUUUGAGGCCGACCCCCCCAAAAACAACUCAUCGACGAUGCACUCGGCUCUGUUUGCGGAGCUCAACCAAGGGGAAGCCAUUACCAGAGGGCUCAGACACGUCUUGGAUGGUCAAAAGACUCACAAGAACCCUGAGCUGCGAUCUCAAGGUGGUGUGGCCCGCCAGUCUCCCACAAAGAGCCACACUCCCAGCCCCACCUCCCCCAAAGCACCUCCACAAAGUCACUCCCCAGUGCUGGAGCUGGAGGGCAAGAAGUGGAGAGUGGAAUACCAGGAUCAUGCUAACAGCCUUGUGAUCUCUGAGACUGAGCUGAAACAUGUGGUCUACGCCUUCAAGUGCAGUAACUCAACAUUGCAGAUAAAAGGCAAAAUCAAUUCCAUUAUAGUUGACAAUUGUAAAAAGCUUGGCCUGGUGUUUGACAAUGUGGUUGGCAUUGUGGAAGUCAUCAAUUCCAGAGACGUUCAAAUCCAGGUAAUGGGGAAAGUGCCAACCAUUUCAGUCAACAAAACUGAAGGCUGUCACAUAUACCUCAGUGAAGAGUCUUUAGACUGUGAAAUUGUGAGUGCCAAGACUUCAGAAGUGAACAUUUUGGUUCCACAGGAUGGUGAUUACAAAGAAUUCCCUGUUCCUGAACAGUACAAGACACUAUGGGAUGGGUCAAAAUUGGUCACAGAACCUACCGAGAUGGCUGGCUAAAUUCACAAUGUAUUAUUGCAACACAAAUGUUUUAAAUGUUCAUAUGAAAAUCUAAACGGUAAGAUACAUAACUCCAGGAUACCGUUGCUAAGUAGUUCUGUGUAUUAGAAGUCUGGUUUCAAUGAUUCCUUGGUUUCCUAUCAUUUAAGUGUAUUUUUUAUUAUAUAUGAACAAACUAUUGCAUUUAUGGCUCAGUCAUGGAUGUCACAGUAAUCAUUAAAUGGCACAGGAUACACUCAAGUGUAUCUGAUAAGAUGUGUUUUAAGACUCUUUAAAUGAAGAUACAGUACAUUUUAAAAGAUAGUUUGACAAAAUAAUCACACUUAAGGCUCAGUAGAUGCAAUUUAAUAAGAUAUUUCAAGAUGUUGUAGAGGACUGAUAAGUAGGGCUGAUUUAUGUUGUAAUUCAGCAUUAAAGAAAUUAAAAAGAGCAUUCCAACAAAGUGUAUUACACAUGACAAUUAAUUAGUGGGGGGGCGGGGGCCUGGCACCUAUGCAUAGUAGUUUCAUAUUGGGGCCCGAAAAAUCUUAAAUCAAGACUAAAACUAAUUACCCUCUUUUGCUACUGAAAGGGAAAGAUCGAGGAAAUGUUUUCUGUUGAAAGAGAGUAGGGCAUCAGUGGUAACUGUGUCCCGAUAAGGUUGUAUGUAAGCAAUGUGUCCAAUAUGGAUAUUAUGCCUUGUGUAAAGCAAGUUGUCUUGGAACAGCAGAAACAGUUGAAAUGGUACCCUUGCACAACAGAAAGGUAGUCACUUGUUUCGGUUUUAUAACUGAAUAAACCUGUUCUAGGUAGCUCACAAUAUAAAAUGUGAAGAUUAGUUUUGUAUACUGUGUUCUUAUGGAGGAAAUAAUGGUUAACACAUUAUUUUCAUUUACAAUACUUCUCCAAUGAAAAUCAUUUUAAUAUUAGUCUUGCAUAGAUACGUGCCAUACCAUUGUGUUGUAUUGAGCAUUUUACCACCAUGUCUAUAGCAUUGUUUAUGUUCCACUAAUAAGUUACACUAGACACACACACACACACACACACACACACACACACACACACACACACACAGUGUAAAAUCUGUUUUCCCUUACAUUGCCUUGCCAGUGUUUAAACUGCUACAUUGCAGUGUAGUUUAUUAGAGAUCAGAACAAAUAUACUUUAAUAAAUCCUCCAGCUUGUGUCAGAUGCUUCUCGUGUAUUUGGUCUAAUAUUACAGAAAAGGCAGACGUCAUGUACUGCAAGUUACAGUCUGUAACCUUUGUUAAAAAAUAUAUAUAUAUUAAUAAUAAUUCAUUUUUUCUUUCAAUCUGUUGAAUCACUGGUUACCAUAUUUACUGUAGUUCGAUGUAUAGUUAUAUAAGACUUCUAUUGUAUGUCUUAAGUACAUUGUAUAUACAAACUGCAAUAUGCUUUAAAUCACAGCUCUUUAUCUAGUGAUUGCAAACUUCUGCUAGCAUAGUGUUACCGGUUGUGUAUAUGCAUUAAUCUACCAUGCACUGUAACAGGUAAAACGUAUCUGGUGAUGUAAAAGCACUGCAUACUCCAGUAUAGACUGACAGCAUAUGAACUUCUAACAAAAUAUUGUGACCAGAUUUUCAAAUAAAACCAAGUCAUGAUUAAAUA